GUCAUUUGCCAGGAUAACUGUGAAUCGAAUCAUCACACCGUGAGUCAUGAUUACUUAUGUAGAGCUAUUUAUAUGAUUUUUAAACAUUUUAUGUACUUUAAAGUAAUGAUAAAAUAGCAUUUAUUUGUUUGCAUAUUUGUUAUCAUGAUUCAGCUUUGCUGAUCAUAUAUUCAUUUCUAAAUGUUUCUUUUCUGACACAACACUUUAAAUAUGAUUCAUGAUUUUACAUUGACAAUAUGUGAUAUUAGCAGGUUAAACCGGACACUUCCACUCAAUCACAGCAAUGGAGAAUUAUUAUGUUAUUUUGAAAACUCCGAUGAGAGUGAGUUCUCAGGUCUUCUUCUACCUGACCUUGAUCCUCGGCGUUCCUGGAAAUGCAUUUGUCAUGUAUGUUGCUGGAUUGAAGAUGAAGAGGACUGUUAAUACAGUAGGGUUUCUCAAUCUAGCGACUGCUGACCUCUUGUGCUGCCUUUCCACUCUUUACUACAUUACCAAGAGCGCUUUUAAUCAAUGGCCGUACGGAUCCUUAAUGUGCAAGAUUUUCCACUUCAUUAUGCUCAUCACCAUGUUUGCCAGCGUUUUCACUUUGAACUUGAUUAGUCUGGAUCGGUUUGUUCAGGUGAUGACACCGGUUUGGGCUCAGAAUCAUCGCAGCUUGUUCAUCGCACGACUGUCCUGUGCAACAGCUUGGAUUCUAGCUUCAAUUCUUAGUCUGCCUUUUAUGAUGUUAAGAGAGACUUACACAAAAUAUAAUAAAACACGCUGCCUGUCUUAUCAACGUAAUGAAGAACAGUCUGAAUUGUAUGGAAGGUUUAUCAUCAUCAGAUUUGUGUUUGGCUUUUUGGUUCCUCUCAUAUGCAUCAUAACAUGCUACGGAUUCAUCGGACGCAAGUUAGGCAGGAGUCAUUUUCACUCUGGACGAGCGUUUCGCAUCAUGUUGGCUGUAAUCGUGGCCUUUUUUCUGUGCUGGCUGCCGUAUCACAUAGUGCGUUUGAUAAUCAUGUACGGAAAGAAAUCCAGUUCCCUUGUGGCUGUGGCUUGGGCAGUUUAUCCGUUGUCCGUCUCUUUGGCGUAUUUCAACAGCUGUCUGAACCCCGUUCUGUAUGUUUUCAUGGGGCAGGAUUUUAAGAGCAAUGUUAAACUUUCUCUAAGACGUGUUUUUGAAAGAGUUUUCUCUGAGGAGGGAACACCAAUAUCACAGACCACCCAUUCACAGCAAAUGCAUUCACUGUAGUGAAAAAUAUCAACUAAUUUAUUCAGUUUUCUGAUUGAUUUGUGUUACUAUUCUAAAACAAUUUAAUUAUUUCUUUUCAAAAGUCAUCAAGUCAAAUUUAGCAAGUCAUCUAACUUUUAUUCAUGAUUCAUGUUUUUUUUUUCCUGUAUUGUUUAUAUAUUUUCAGUGAUUCGUGAUGAACUUUUGCCAAAGUUUAAAACCAGCAUAAUAGAAUACUGUGCUAUAGUGUCUUCUUUUGUUUGCUGUCAGCUUAGAUAAAGCUUGUAAUAUUUCACUAAUAAUGGCUUGUGGUUUCUACACCGAAUUCAUGAAGAAAAAUAAAAAAUGAAUAUAAAUAAUUUUAAGCUUGCAUUUGUGAAUAAAACUAAGGCUGAUGACACAAUUUUGGACAAUGUUGCAUGAAUAGGCAACCAGGUGUGACACAGGGCUCACGAAUUGUCUAAAAUAUCCAGAUAGAAAUGUUACCCAUUCUCAAUGCGAAAGUGCCCAAGGAACAGUGCUUUAAAAAAGUUGGCCAGAAAAAUUAUACAAAAAGUUAC